UUAUAUUUGAACUAUCAGACAAACUCUACUAGCCUACUAUAAAAAGCAAGCGAAGUUGCCAAACUUUGCCGAUGUCUUUGAAACUCUCUGCAAUUUCUACACCUUCAUUUUCACACAACAAAAUUCAACACAAUUCGCAUUUCCCCCCAAAUUCUAGGGUUUUCUCUCUCCAAUUUCGUGCUUCUAUGAUGUCGCUUUCUUCUCAAGCUCAUCCUCCGACUGUUCGUCCGGUCACCAUUCCCUUCUCCGACAUCCAAGAUAAGAACGAGGAUUUGUCAGCUUUGAUUGAAAAAGGUUUUGGACCUAACGGACUCGGGAUUAUCUCAAUUUCCAACGUUCCAGGUUUUUCUUCAUUGCGCCAGACUCUUCUCCGUCUAUCACCCAAAUUAGCAAAACUUCCUGAGGAAGAGAAGAAAAAACUUGAGGAUCCUGAUAGCAGGUACAACUUUGGUUGGAGUCAUGGGAAAGAAAAGCUUGAAUCUGGGACUCCUGAUAUGCUGAAAGGAUCAUUUUAUGCAAAUCCUCUAUUAGAUGUACCUACGCUGGACCAAGCCCUUAUUCAAAGGUACCCAGCAUAUUGUGGGCGAAAUAUAUGGCCCGAAAGUGCUUUGCCAGAACUAGAAGUUGCAUUUAAAGCAAUUGGAAGGAUAAUGCUUGAUGUUGGCAUGAUGGUAGCAUAUCACUGCGAUCGAUAUGUAUCUGAAGGCAUGAAAAUUGGCAAAGAUGAAGGCCUUGAACAAAUAAUUCAUCGUUCACGCUGUCAUAAGGGUCGGCUUCUUUAUUAUUUCCCGACACAAGAGAGUGAUCGUUUGAAAGAUGACUCAAUGUCUUCCUGGUGUGGAUGGCAUACUGACCAUGGUUCCCUUACAGGUCUUACGUGUGGCAUGUUUUUGAAAGAUGGAGUUCAGGUAGCUUGUCCUGAUAGAGCUGCUGGUCUUUAUGUAAAGACCAGGAAUGAUGAAACGGUCAAGGUUGUGUUUGGAGAAGAUGAAAUUGCAUAUCAGAUUGGUGAAACAACUGAAAUUCUUUCAGGAGGCUACCUUCAUGCUACGCCACAUUGUGUUCGGGCACCAAGUGGCAAGGGGAUAUCUGGUCUUGAACGGUCAACUUUUGCAUUAUUUAUGCAACCUGACUGGGGCGAAAAGCUUAAAUUUCCAGACAAUAUACAUAUCCACAAAGAGUUGAUACCUUCAAAUAGUACCCUCACAUUCGGAGAGUAUACAGAGAAGCUUUUGGACAAAUAUUACCACCUUAAAACGCGAUGAAUUGCUUACUCAUAGCCGAGCAUAUGAGCACUGGGGUAAAUACAUUUAGGCAUUAUUUAACUUCCACAGUUCAGGAUCUCAUGACUUUAUGAGUUAUGACUCUUAUAGUGUAUCCUUCAAGUAUAGUUUAAUUAAUAAUGUAAAUGCCAAACUGCUGAACAUGACAUUAUUGUUAUAAUGUGAUUUAGAGACUGUAAAGUUCCAAAUUUACAUGAAAGUCUUAACUUGGUAUUGAUACUGAUAAGCUUACCUAUAAAGCAUUGCUGAUCAAGUCCAGCUUGGGCUCAUUCAGGUCAGGUUUGGGCUGCCACUUUCCUGGUCCAAAUAUUCUUUUCUAGAUCGAAUCAGUCACAAUCCCCCCAGAUUGAUCGCGCCUGGCCUGUUCCAACCUGGGUCUGUGCCAACUUUUUGGUCCAAAGUCUGACCCGCCUUACCCCAUGAUCAGCUCUACAAAUGACUUAGUGCCGUAGACGUUCCAUUGGCGGCGUUUAUGUUGGGAACGUUAAUUGCAUCACUAUCACAAUAAUGCCAUUCAUGGCUGGCCAUUAGCUAGGUUGUUAGUUACUGUGCUAUAGUAGUCAAGCUGUAUGUGCUUUUGUUUCUUAUACUGUAUGUUCUAGAUAUUUGCUUCCAUAUAUACCAGUGAAUAGUCUAUUAUUGUGUU